UAUUCCUCCCUGUGUCUGUCAAAUCUUAUGUCCCUGCCGUAAGGCUUUACUUCCACACACGCCAGCUUAAUAAUUUUUAACAUACAACGAGCUGCAUAUUCGUUCUGCCUAUUCUAUUGUUACAACACCUGACUUUGGAUGUCAAAUUUGUUUUAUUUUCCUUCUCAGUUCGGGUUUAAAUUGACCCAAAACAACAAGACCAAUCACUAUCAAACUGAUGUUUACAACGACAUUUUAGUAUUAUCUAAUGUAUUGACUGAUUACGUGGAAAUACAAGUGAAAAGCAUGUAUCCCAAAUGUGAUGAUCGACCAGAAAGUGAAAGUGUUGGUUUGCGAGAAAUAUCGUUCCUUGGAUUCGCUCCAUCAAUAUGCUUUAUAAACCAAAGUCCAAUUACGAAUUCUGUGAACGACAUACUAAUUAAUUGUACAGGGAAAAAAGGAAUUCUAGGACAGAUGAAGAAUAGAGAUGUAAAAUUUUAUUUGUGUGAUCAACCGGCGCAAAUGAAAACAACAACUGAUCAUCCGAGCACAACCGAAAGUUACAGUUUUCCUACAAUAUCUGGAUUGAAUGGAUCCAAAUGCAUCUGUCCCUGUAAAGGACAAAUAACAGAGACUCAAGCCGAAUUUAAGAAACGAAUGGAAAACACUCGAAAAGAACUUACAGUGAAAAGGAACGCAACUUCACAAUACAUAGCUACGAAAAUCAGUGCUCCAGAUGAGCGAGUGUCUUCUCAGACUAUGGGCGCAUUAGCAAUUAUCAUGCUUUCAGUAAUUGCUGGAUUAAUUAUCAUUCCAGACAUCUUAUAUUUCUUGAAGAAAAUUUUUUAGUACUUUGUAAACUCUUUAUUAAGAAAAUACCUAAAAGUCACCUACAGUUUGGUUUUUCACGUUUUAUAUAUAAACUGCCAUUAAAUUUACUUAUUAUGUUUUUGUUAUAGUGUUGCAGUUGUUGAUAUCACUUCUGAGACUAAAGACAAAGACAACGAAAUAGUAAUGCAAUACGAAUUGAUGUAAUAGUUUGUUCGUUCGUUCAGCUGUUAUACUUUAGUUAAUAAGAGAGUUGGAGUGAGUGAGAGGUGGAGUAAAAGUGAGAGAGAGGAGGAGGAGUGUGAGUAGGUGAGGAAGGAGCAGAGAAAGAUGUAUAAUAAGGCCAAAUGCACCGCGUUAUUAGUUGAAAGGAGAGGCAAAGAGCGAGAGAAAAAAAUGACGAGAGAAAAGAAAGAGAGAGAAGUAUUAACGACGUGCUGUAGGGUGUGAAGGGAAGGGUAAAGAGAGAUAUGUUUAGGAUACAAUAUUUGGCAGAGGGUGAUGUUCUGGUAGUGAGUUUAAGAAAAGACAGAUAAAGAGAGAUGGUCAGGCGAGGCAGUUACAUUAAGAAAGAGAGAGAGAGAAAGAGAGAGAGAGAGAGAGAGGUAGUUCGCAUUUGUAUUGUCAAAGUAGAAAUACAUCCACAACAUGGAAAUGAAAUGUGCUUUGUUACUGAAAACUAUAGUGAUGAUGAUGAUGAUGAUGAUGAUGGGGAGUGUUGAUAAUGAAAAGAAGAUCUUUUAUUGAACUAACUCUAUAGUAUUAUUCUACGUGUUCGUUCACACUUUAUGCGUUAGCUUGGAAGCGUGGAGGAGAUGAAGCGAUAGAGAGGAAGAGGGAAUGUGAGAGAGGAGACAGCCAGCCGAUUCAUUAUGCUGUCACCCAUGUGGUUAGUGGAAGUGAGAGGUGAAGAGAAAGAGAGAAAUGUUAAAGACAUGAAGAGAGGUAUUAUAAGGUUAAAAAGUUAGUUGAAAAGGUAGAGAGAAAGAGAGAAAUACAAAGUACUUAGCAGAGAGAAAUUUUAAAAUCGUAUUAUAUAUUAUUGUGACUGGAAGUGAAAUAACUUAGCGAAAUAAAAAUAAAAAGACAAAUCAACCUUUCUUUCUUAAAUAGUUUCUCUUAAUAUUCUUCGUUCUGUGGAAUUUCCACGGGCCCACUAGUAUUGUUUAUUACGUUAGCAAAAAACUUGACAUGAAGAGAGAAUUUUUGAGUAGGAAAACAUAGCCUUAACACCUUUUCGAAUGUUAUUAGCGAUGUAAAUAAAUCGAAAUCGCUCUAGUUAAGCUUAGUAAAAAUAUAUUUACAUGGAGCACAGAAAAGAAAAAGAAAAAAUACAGAAUACGAAAUACGAAAAUAUAUGAAUUCAUAAUUUGACAGUUGUUUCAGGAAACCCGGAGUUAUCUAAUAAUCAUAAUCAUAAAUUGCAGACGAAAUAUGCAAAAUGUCAUGGGUAUAUAACCGGUAAACAGUCAUAUAGUGAUAUUACAAUAAAUCCGGCUUCCCUCAUCAAGAGAACAUAGGCAAAUGCGGUUCAUGUAGUAAUGGUAGCGAAAACAAACUGUUAAAGAGGAAAGGAAGCAGAACGAGAUCAGGGAUCAAUUAAUGUAUUGCAGUGAAAUUCUUGUUUCUGUCAUGGUUCUUUCGAUAUAUCACAAUCAGAUUUUACUGUAGUUAGUUUGCCCUGGAAUUUAUUAAAGAAUUUUAAUUAA